AUGGUCACCUCAGACAACACAGUCAAUCAGGCUGUUGUGAAGAUCCUACAGAACUACAAGUGGAGACGUGUAGGGACUCUGACCCAGGAUGUACAGAGGAUCUCAGAGAUAAGGAGAGAUCUGACUAAACAACUGAGCAAGGCUGAUGUUAUGGUUGCUGUAACUGAAAGCCUGUCCACUGACCCAUGUGUCAAUGUAAAGAGGUUGAAGGAUAUGGAUGUAAGGAUCAUUAUUGGGUUGUUUGACGAGAAUUCAGCCUCCAAAGUGUUUUGCUGUGCUUACAGCCUGAACAUGUUUGGCGGGAGGUAUCAGUGGAUCCUCCCUGGCGGUUACCAGGGGAGCUGGUGGGAGGAGGCCAACUCCUCCAACUGUGCUUCAAACAACCUGCUGACCGCAAUGGAAGGCUACAUCACUGUGGACUUCACACACCUCAGUAACAGACAGAUAAAAGGCAUCUCAGGAAGGACCCCACAAGAGUAUGACGAGACUUACAACAGAGAGCUGCUGCAGAGAGGGUUGGUUGCAAGCAAGUUCCAUGGGUUUGCCUAUGAUGGAGUUUGGGUGAUGGUGAAAGCAUUGACCAGGGUCAUUGAGUCUGUAAGACACAGAGAGAGAUAUGACAUCCACCGGAACUUCACAGUCAGCGACAAGGAGAUUGGACGAAUGUUCCUGGAUUCCAUGAAGGAUAUUUGCUUUGAGGGUGUAACUUUUCUUUUUUUUUGGGGGGGGGGUCAAGUUCUGUUUAGAAAUGGUGAACACAUGGGUACUAUUAAAUUAAGCCAAUUUCAAGAGGGCCAGGAGGUUAAGAUAGGCCAGUAUAAUGCUGAAGCAGAAGAAUUAGAACUCAUCAACCACUUAAUCAAGUUUCAAGGCAUGGAGCCGCCUAAAGACCGGACACACUCCCAGCGGUGGGAUGUCAGUGUUCCCCUCUACAUCAUGUUGUUAUCCACCACUGGCCUGGCCAUGCUCAUGGCACUCUCCUUCCUCUUCUUCCACAUCAAGCAUCACAACCAUUGGGUCAUGAAGAAGUCCAGUCCGUCCAUGAACUACCUCAUUAUCCUGGGUACGAUGCUGGCCUGUACCUCUGUCUUCCUCUAUGGGCUGGAUGGAUCCCUUGUGACUGACAAAGUGUUUGUUACACUUUGCCCUAUUCGCACAUGGAUUCUUUCUGUAGGAUACACCACAACUUUUGGGGCAUUGUUUGCAAAAACUUGGAGGGUCUGGACAAUUGUCAAAAAUAAGGAUAUAAUUGAAAAGAUGAAUAAGGAUGACCAACUAUGGAUAAUUGUCGGGGGAAUGCUGCUAAUCGAUCUGUGUCUGUUAACCUGCUGGCAGAUGGUGGAUCCACUCAGACAAACAGUGGAAGAGUUCAGCCUAGAGACUGAUCCUGGUGGUGAAGAUGUUAAUACAAGGCACUUCCUGGAGCACUGUGAAAGUACAAACAUGACUAAAUGGCUCGCCAUUGUAUAUGGCUACAAAGGGCUUCUAAUGUUUCUUGGAUGUUUCCUGGCCUUGAGAACAAGGCAUGCACAUAUCCAUCUACUUGAUGACAGCAAGUACACAAGGCUGAGCAUGUACCAUGUGACCAUCAUGUCUAUCAUUGGAGCAUCAGGGUGCUUCCUGACCCAGUAUCACCCUAAUGUGCAGCUCUUCAUCAUGGCUUUGGUGGUCAUCUCCUGCUGUACCUGCACCCUGUGUCUGGUGUUCCUGCCCAAGCUUGUAAAAAUCAGAGACAAUCCCAACCCAGUGGAUCCAACUAGCUGGUUACAAUGUGAUCUUAACAAGGAGGAUUCGGAGACCUCCAGUUCCUCUAGCAGUCUCAAUCAGGGCAGAUCUCUUGAAAGCCUGCGGACUGAAAACCAGCAGCUCCGGAGGAGAAUCACAGAGAUUGGUGACCAGUUGGAGGAUGUCGCCAUGCAAGUACUAGAGGAAGAUCUGAGUCCUCCCAGUCGACAGGGCCGUGAAGUUUUUAUUUAUUUAUUUUUAUUUCACCUUUAUUUAACCAGGUAGGCAAGUUGAGAACAAGUUCUCAUUUACAAUUGCGACCUGGCCAAGAUGACACUGAGAGCCCAGGUGUGCUCUGAGGAUGUGCCCAGGAUGAACAGGGAACACUUUGAUGACAUCAACUCACCUGAACACUUACAACGAAGACGGUCCGUGCAGCUGCCAAUUCUUCACCACGCCUACAUGCCAGCCAUUGGGGGAAUGACUGCCAGCUGUUCCAGCCUUCUGAGAAGUCCCGAUGUCCCCAGUGCCCAACAGAGACAGAUGCCACCAUCGCAUCAGGUCAUGGUCACCAGGCUGUGACUGUAUUUCCCUCUAGAGUGAGUGACAAUAUGCUGGAAAAGUUACAAUAUUCAUUGAACUGCCUGUGGUUCCACUGGCAGCUGGAAGUCAAAUGACCUUCCUUUACCUUGACUGCCAUAGCAUCAUUCACAUAUGAAGUCAUGUAUCUACAACUUGUCUGGAUGUGAACAUGUGGUGCUGACAAAAGUUUUGUGUGGUAAAUUACAAUAGCUGCUUUCUUUAUCGAUUUUUAGUUGAUUGAUUGCAGUGCAACUCAUAGAAAUGGUCUCCUGAUGGAAAAACAAUAAAAACAUUGCCCGUUCCCUCUGUGUUUCCCAACAUGGGAGUAUCCUGUAUUGCAGCAGGAUACUGGCAGUGACUGUAUUUGCACUCUUGGUAAUUGCUCUGUGCUGUGGUACUGCUCUCUGAUACUGCUCUCUGAUACUGCUCUGUCAUGUUGUCACUGGGAAUUUCCUGGUUUGCUAAAGCCCAGGAAUGAACUUUAAACUGUGUUCCAAGGCAGAAGUUAACCCUUUACAGCAGUCAAAUAAAUAAUUGAUUGUCUUUCCAAACAUUGCCUCUGUCCUGGAGAACAUCUGGCUAUGUCUAAGCAAAUACAAGUUUAUGUUAUGUCUUUCAAAGAUGAUGAAUUAUCGGUUUGAGAGUAUAACCUUUAAAUGUGCAUAUUUGUAAAAAAAAAAAAAGAAAGAAAUAUAUAUAUAUAUAUAUAUUUAUAAGAAAAAGUGCUACAACUAUUUUGCAAUCCACUGUUGUUUGCCAGACAGUACUUUCUAUUUGAAGAGAAUGUGCUGCAAUAACAAAACAGGGAGGAGUGUCUCAACUUGGGGUUUAUAAAAAGGUAAAUCUAUCUCACUGCACAAAGUGUAUUCGGUAUCCACAACAUCCUUGGAAAAAGAAUCCUGCCAUGUUCUCCAUCAGAACCGCAUUCAUCCUGCCAGCUCUUCUGGCCCUUUUGGUUGUACAUGUGGAAUCCUCUUUCAGUGGUGGUGGUGGAGGAUCCUACAAUUAUGACAUAUCUAAAAUGUCUGACCUGAGGAAGCUGUACAACUCCAAGGUGUAUGAAGCGGACAGAAUGAGGAGACCCCUUGAAGGCAUGACCUUUCAGGUGGGGAUUCUCAGCCACUCA